AUGGACAACAGGAAAAGGCCAGCUGGGUCUUCCCACUGUGGGAGCUUGGUGUUCUGGUCCUCCACAUUUCCUUGGCAACCAGCAAGGGUCCUAAUUGUGGAAGCUCUGCCCCCCUGGUGGUCUGAUACCUGUACAGUGCUCUGUGAUGCUCUGGACGAUGUCCUCUCCCUAGCCUGUAGUCUAGAUGGACCCUGUAGGAUCCCACUGCUCAGCAUAUAUGCCAUCAGCCGCCAGCAGGAAUGUCUCCUGCCAUUUGUGCAGGUUCGUGGUAAUUUGGCCAGGCUUCAUUCUUGUGUUGAGGAGCUGAGGUCUAUACCGGGUGACGGUUGUGUCAAGGGAUCAGCCAGAGGAAGUGAGCUGCUGCGACAAACAGUCCUGGACAGUCUGCAGCAGUUUAAACAGUAUGUCAGACAUACCAGUUCUGGCAGCCAGACUAAUACCAAAUCUGUAGAGGUAACUGUGGUGACCAGCCAGCAUGGAGGGAGCGUUGUCCACCAGUUGGAGAUGGGGCUUAAAGAUGCUGACCUGAUGUCACUGAAGCGGCUCCUGGUGGUCCAAAUAUAUAGUUCUGCAGACUGGGGGAAGGAUGCCCCCUCACCUGAGGCCACACCUUCUGAAACUGACAAUUCCUUUAUGUUGGGCACAGAAAUCGAUCUGCAGCAGGUGGACAACAGUGUGUUUGCCAUGGAAAUGGUGCUGAAGGCGUGGCUUCUGGAACAGGGAGGAGACAGAGAGCACCUUCACCUCCUGCUGCCGGGCUCAAUAAAUCCUGUGUGUGUUAAGUGCGACAUGCAAGAGCGUCUCAUUAGCCCCGCCCUCAUUCCCAUGAGCCCCAACAUUGGAGUGAAGACAGAAAACAUGCAUGACUUCCUUCCCGCCGCUAGGGGUUCAGCCAGUCAGGGCCUCACACCUCAGAGACUGAAGGCAAUCAAGAGUCUGCGUGCUGAUGGACUAUGUGAGAGUGUGUUGUAUGGCCUGCCGCUGGUGAUCCGCCCCACCACCUGCUGGCAGCUGGACUGGGAUGAGAUGGAGACCAACCACAACUUAUUCCACGCUCUCUGCCACACACUCAGGAGUUGUAAUUUGUUCCUACUGCUGCAGUCAGAACCGUCCCAGAGGGGAACAGCUGGAGACUCAGGUGUGUACUCUCACUAUGUCCUGCAGCCCUCCCCGUCCCUCUCACUCCUUUUAAAGCCUGUGGCGUCCAGAGAGCUCCUGCUGCCAUGUUCACUGGCCGUUUCAACUCAGGACCCCACAACUGAAGCCACACAGACUAUACAGGCUUGUCUCACUCAGCUGGAUGAGGAGUUUGUGUUCAACCCUUUGUCUCUGAAUGGUCACCUCUACCAGCACCUCAGGAGCAGAGGUCUGGUCUCACAGCCACGAUACCCGUACAGGCUCCAGCCAGCGGCCACCAAAGGGCCACCACCACUAGAGGGCCCUAAAGCCACAGCGGGCAGACAGCCACGACAGCUGCAAAACCAUGGUCGCCCACUGGUAGUGAACAGCAAGGUCAGGGCCACAGUGGCCCCGCUACGCCCCUCCUCCUUCCACCCAUCCUCUUCAUCCAUGGGACCUCCUCCUGCCAAGGCCUCCCGUCCAGCUCUGACGCUCCUCAGCAGUAGUAACAGAGGUGGGCAUUGGGCCCCGACCCCUACUCUGACCCCUGCUUCUUUUACCCAAGUGGGACAGGAGGAGGAAGAUGAGGAUGACUCCAUGGUAAUACUGUGAGAAAACUGGAGGGUAAGAGGGAAAAUGUUUGAGGCUUGGAGGGAGCAAAAACACACCAACACAACACACUGAGCUCUGUUGCCAGUUUUCUUCAGUCCGAUUUAACACACGCUAUUAACUAGGCCCGACUUUAACAAGCCUGUGUGUGUUUGGGCAUGCGAUUGUGCGUGUGUGUGGGUGAGAGAAAGGAAAAUUUCGCCUCCGUGCCAUCCGUAGACUGCUGAGACAGCAAAAAUGUCAAAUUCACACACCAUAAACAAUAAAAAGUUGGAGAAAAGAUGAAAAGAAGGGAAGCAGCAGGACAAUGGAAGCUUGAAAGAACGGAAAGUCGUGAGAAAUGACAAAAAAAGAACAAAAGGUGGAUGGUGUGUGUGAAAGCAAAAGAUCAGAGAGAGAUUAAAGCCUGUUAGAUGUAAAAAAAAAAUUCUCUCACCCAUUAAGAUGCAUUAAAACAGGACUGGAGACAGUUAGAAGCCACUUUUAAGCAACUAAUUCGGGCCUAUUAAAGCCUGCCAUACUGUAGCCAUCGUACACAGUGACUUAUAGACAAAUACACAUGCACAUUCCUUUUCCAUUUU